AUGCCCUCUUCACGUUUACCGCCGUUGCCUGACUUUCUUCAGUUGUCUGAACGUGUUUGGAGAGUGAUGGGAUUAAAUCCCGGCAGAUUCACACUUCAAGGCACCAAUACCUAUCUUGUCGGUCACGGGCCGCGCAAGAUCCUAUUCGAUUGCGGCGAAGGCCACCCAGACUACGUACCUCUUCUUGAAGCUUCUUUACAUCAAAUCUCUCCAGAAGCUUACAUAUCCGAUAUCGUGAUCACCCAUUGUCACGUGGACCACUUUGGCGGUUUGAAGAGCAUCAUGAAUUCAUCACUGAACCACGGUGGUCAGAUCAAAGUGCAUAAAUACAUUCUGCCUGUAGAAGAUAUGGACGAGCAAGAUAUAGUGUUUCAAUCCCACAUGCACAUAGACCAUUUGAACGACGAAGAUUUUUUGCACGUGGAUGACCACACGACAAUCCAAACGAUUUAUACGCCCGGACACAGUAAAGAUCAUUGCUCGUUCUAUCUGGUAGAAGAGAAUGCGAUUCUGACUGGCGACUGCGUACUUGGCCAUGGAACAGUAGUAUUUGACGAUUUGGCAGACUACAUGUCGACGUUACAUAAAUUGAAUGCAUUCAAACCGGGACGCCUGUAUCCCGGCCAUGGGCCGGUAGUAGAAAAUGGCUCGGAAAGAAUCCUCCAGUAUCUGCAAAGUCGACAGCAACGGGAAGAUCAAAUCGUUCAACUCAUGACCCAACGAUCCUGGACAGCCGUCGAUCUUGCCGAACGGAUUUAUACGGACGUUCCAUAUGCGUUGCAAGCAGCUGUUGUGCGCGGAGUGGCAUUACAUUUACUGAAGCUGGAAAAAGAAGGCCGCGCAAGGCUUAGCGACGGGUCCACCGGGUAUAACUCCACGAAUGUUUUUGAAAUGGUUCAUAAAGAAUGGAGUCUUUUUCCACAACCUCGACUAUAG